AAGGGAUGAAAGAUGAGUAAAGUGUGGGAGAAAGAAAAGUCAGGGUGAGCGACAUAUGACGAACCACCAUGCCUGAACCGAAGAAGCCAGGUGCCAAGGGAGAGAAGGUGGAAGCUCCACCUGCUGAUAAGCCUUCCGAAGAAUUGCCUGAGGAUGAACAUGUCCCAGGAGAAGAGCCUCAGAUGUCUCAGAUGAGUGGGCUGCUUGUGGAGAAGCCUCAGAGUGUCACUGCCGUUAAAGGGAAAAACGUCACAUUUGUGGCUAAGGUGGACUCCUCUCAGAUGCUGAGGAAGCCUACCAUGAAGUGGCUGAAGGGGAAAUGGAUGGAUCUGGGCAGCAAGGCUGGAAAACACCUCCAAUUCAAAGAAACCUAUGAUAGGAACACUAAGAUAUACACCUAUGAGAUGACCAUUGUUAAGGUUGUGGAUGGAGAUGCAGGAGGUUAUCGUUGUGAGGUCACUUCCAAAGACAAGUGUGACGGCUGCACAUUUGACAUCUCUGUCGAAGCUGCUGAAGAGACACAACAAACAAACAUUUUGGAGGCGUUCAAACGAUCGGGAGAUGCGGGAGAGGAUGCAGGUGAACUGGACUUCAGUGGUUUACUCAAGAAAAGAGAGAGGAAGCAGAAGGAUGAGCCUGAGAUAGAUGUGGAUGUGUGGGAGAUCCUGAAAAGUGCCAAGCCAUGUGACUAUGAGAAGAUCGCCUUUGAGUACGGCAUCACUGAUCUCAGGGGCAUGCUCAAAAGACUUAAGAAGAUGAAGAAAGUGGAGCCCAAAAAGAGCGAUGCUUUCCUAAAGAAGUUGGAUCCUGCUUAUUCUGUGGAGAAAGGAAAGAAAAUACAGCUUAGUGUGGAGCUGGCUGACCCCAACGCUCAAGUCAAAUGGCUGAAAAAUGGACAGGAGAUCAAACCUUCAGCCAAAUAUAUCUUUGAGAGUGUGGGUGGUAUCCGUAAGCUCACUAUUAACAAGUGCACCCUCGCUGAUGAUGCCGCGUAUGAAUGUGUAGUAGGAGAGGAGAAGAGUUUCACUGAGGUCUUUGUCCAAGAACCACCUGUCACCAUCACUAAGAUGUUGGAUGACGUUCAUGUGGUGGUUGGGGAGAAGGUGGAGUUUGAGGUUGAAGUGUCUGAUGAGGGAGCCAAUGUGAAAUGGAUGAAGGAUGGAGUGGAACUGAGCCGAGAUGGAAAGUAUCGCUUUAAGAAAGAUGGGACAAAGCACUGGCUCAUCAUCAAUGAGGCAACCACAGAGGACAUUGGGACAUACCAUGUAUUCACCAGUGGAGGGGAGUCCAAGGGAGAACUGGAAGUGGAAGAGAAGGAACUGGAGGUUUUGCAGAGUAUAGCUGAUCUGACACUGAAGGCAGCAGAACAGGCUGUCUUUAAGUGUGAAGUGUCAGAUGAGAAAGUGACUGGCAAGUGGUUUAAAGAUGGGGUGGAGGUCAUUCCCAGCAACCGCAUCAAAAUGACACACAUUGGCAGGACUCACAAACUGGUGAUAGAUGAUGUGAAGCCUGAAGAUGCAGGAGAUUACACCUUUGUACCAGAUGGUUAUGCUCUUUCUAUUUCUGCCAAACUCAACUUCUUGGAGAUCAAGAUUGAUUAUGUUCCUCGUCAAGAACCACCCAAAAUCCACCUGGACACCACUGGCACCUUUGUCAACAAAAACACCAUUAUCGUCGUUGCAGGAAACAAGCUCCGGUUUGAUGUUGACAUUACAGGGGAUCCCCCUCCCACUGUGUGCUGGAAAAAAGGAGAUACAGAGCUCUCUGAAGCUGAAGGGCGUGUGAGAGUGGAGUCCAGGAAGAACCUGAGCUGCUUUGUGAUUGAAGGGGCAGAGAGAUCCGACGAGGGCCUCUAUCAUAUCACUGUAACCAACCCAGCAGGAGAGGACAAGGCUGAUGUCAUGGUUAAGAUUGUUGAUGUACCCGAUCCACCUGAGAAUGUGAAAUGCACUGGAGUGGGUGAGGACAGUGCUUCUAUCCAGUGGGAUCCACCCACAUUUGAUGGUGGAGUUCCAGUGAAAGGCUACCUAAUGGAGAGGAAGAAGAAGGGCUCGUCCAGAUGGACAAAGCUGAACUUUGACAUUUAUGAGUCCACAACAUACGAGGCUAAGAAGAUGAUUGAGGGUGUGUUAUAUGAGAUGAGGGUAUUUGCUGUUAACGGUAUUGGCAUGUCCCAGCCAAGCGCCAGCUCCAAACCCUUCAUGCCCAUUGCACCAACUAGUGAACCCACACGCCUGAUGGUGGACGAUGUUACAGAUGGUACCUGUGCUUUAAAAUGGCUUCCCCCAGAGAGAAUUGGAGCUGGUGGCAUCGAUGGGUAUAUCAUUGAAUAUUGCGUUGAGGGAGCCAGUGAGUGGGUGCAGGCCAACGAGACCCCUGUUGAGAAGAAUAAUUACAGGGUCAAAGGUCUGCCCGUUGGAGAGAAGAUGCUGUUCAGGGUGACAGCUGUGAACAUCGCUGGUCGUAGCCCUCCGGCUGUGAUGGCGCAAGCUGUUACCAUUCGGGAGAUUGUUGAGCGACCUAAAAUCCGCCUCCCUCGGCAGCUUAGGACUAAGUACAUCAAACGAGUGGGUGAGAAGGUCAACCUUGUCAUUCCCUUCCAGGGCAAACCUCGUCCGGUAGUGACCUGGAUCAAAGAUGGUGAACCUCUAGACACCAAGCUGGUGAAUAUCCGCACAAGUGAUGUGGACACUAUCCUGUUCAUCAGGCAGGCGGCCAGAGAGCACUCUGGCCAGUACACCCUUUCCGUGCAGAUUGAGAACAUGGAGGACAAAGUCACUCUCGAGAUCCAGAUUGUAGACAAGCCUGGCCCUCCAAUUGCUGUCAUUGUAACUGAUGUUUGGGGCUUCAAUGCUGCGUUGGAGUGGAAGCCUCCAAAAGAUAAUGGCAAUUGUGAGAUCACUGGCUAUACCAUCCAAAAGGCUGACUUGAAAACCAAGGAGUGGUUCACGGUUCUUGAACACAAUCGCAGACCUAGUUGUACCGUGUCUGAUCUGGUGAUGGGGAACGAGUACACCUUCCGUGUGUUCAGCGAGAACAUCUGUGGCAUGAGUGAUGACGCUGGCAUCAGCAAAAACACGGCUGUCAUUGCCAAAACAGGUCUUCAACAAAAAGAGCAACCCUACAAGGAAAAAGAUAUGUGCAGCUCUCCUAAGUUCAUCACACCUCUCAUGGACAGGUCUGUUAUCGCAGGUUACAGGGCUGCCAUCAGCUGUGCUGUUCGUGGACACCCGAAACCAAAGAUUAUAUGGAUGAAAAAUAAGAUGAUUAUUGGCGAGAAUCCAAAGUAUCUCAUGCAAAAUAACCAAGGUGUGCUGACUUUAAACAUCCGUAAACCAAGCUUGUUUGAUGGAGGGAAGUAUACAUGCAAAGCCGUCAAUGACCUAGGAGAAGAUGAAGUGGAGUGCAAGCUGGAGGUCCGAGUCAUAACAGAAAAGGAGGAGGCGAAGAAGUAAACAAAGCCAUGAAGAGACACUAAAGACGGCUGUCAGAAGGCAUCGUGAGGGUGUCAGAAAGCAAUUAAAAAAUAGAAUUAUUGAUGUAGAAUGAAAUUGUCAUUAUGCUGUCUAUGCAUUUUUACAAUUGACUCUUUACAAAAAAGUACUGUGGUGAUACCAGAUAAUAACAUUGUACUCAGUGAUAUCCCAUGCUCGUUUACCAUGUUAUUUACGUGGUAUUUUUUUUAAAAGCAUCAAACAGCUAUAUGGUGAUACAGUAAUACAUCUGGCUAAUAUAGCAGAAUUAAGUAGAUUUUCUCUCUCUCUCUGACGGUGUGUCAAGUUAAAUAACCUGAAAUAAAAGCACAUGAAAAAUAAACAAA